GCUGACGGCCAGUACGGGUUUCAAAACUGGGGCUGGAGGCUUUGAGGACCAAGCAAACGGACUGCAACACGCUGGCGUAGAAAUAAGACGUGCGCACUAGCGACAUCUGUGCGAGAUAAAGGGAGUCGCAAAAAGCUUCCUCUGUAACCUCAGAUUUGCAUGAUUUGCUUUCCCCACCGAGGAGGGGAAGUGCCGCAGAAUAAAUGCAGACGUAGACAGAUAUCUUGGGAAAGAGCCCAAAUUUCCUCUGCUGUUUGUUCAGGCGCCCUGUUUUGUCGUACGGUGAUGCAAGCCGCUAGAAAAGCGCCCCCCUCCCUGGGUCCCUCCGACAGCCGCCACCCGCUGCAGCGGAGCUCGCUCUCCUCCCCGGCGGCGGGAGCGCAGGGAGGCGACAGCCCUCCCGCCGGCUCCGGGGAAGCCUCAGCGGUCCUGCCCGGCCAGACCCCGCAGCCCCACGGCUUUCGGCUCCGCAGCCCGAGAGUGAAGAUGAGUGGUGAAGAGAUUCUUGUGUGCGCAGUACAACUUGGAGAAAAUUUCUGCCUCUAUUUUGCAGAUGAUGAUGGGCUGGAAUGCGAUGCCUUUUGUAAGGAAAAGAUUCUCCACCGAGUCCUUCGAAAUGUAAAUAGCCAGUUGCUUGUGGUUCGACCAGAUUUAAACAUAGCAGCUUUUGAAGACGUGACAGAUCAGGAGAUGAAAUCUGGCAGUGGAAUGCACUUCAACAUUCACUAUUACAAAACUACCACACCUUCAGCAGGGAUGCCUGUUGCGUUCAGCGUCCAGGUAGAAGAUAAAAGUUAUUACAUGUGUUGUGAGAAAGAAUGCGGAAAAACGAUAGUUCGAUUUAGGGAAGGAGAACUUCCCAAAGAUAUUCCUGGUGAAAGUAAUGUAAUCUUUUUCAAAAAGACAUUUACCUCGUGUAGCUCCAGAGCAUUUAAGUUUGAAUAUUCACUAGAAAAAGGAAUGUUCUUGGCCUUUGAGGAAGAAGGCUGCUUAAGAAAAUUAAUUCUAAAGAAACUGUCAAGAGAAGAUGAAGUGGAUGAAACCACGAAGAUAAGUUUCUAACUUCAGUCAGAAUGGAAGUCACAACCUAUGACAUACUUCAACAGUAUUAAAAUACAUUUUGGCUUUUUAUAAAAGAAAUACUAUUCUUUCUUCAUCUGAGGCAAGCCUGGUUUAUGUUUUUAGCUACCAUGAGUCAGUACAAAAAUGAGCAUCUUGCAAAGGAAAAUAAAUUCAAAUGCUUGGGAAAAAGAAACAGAAGGAUGUUUUCCAGUCACGAUAGAAGGAAAGAAAAUUACACAAUGAAGAAAUGAGAAUGGGCAUACCUAUAUAGUCCUGUAAGUUUCACCCCUAAAAUGUUUACUGCCUGUUGAUUGAACAGCUUUUGAAGUAGUUGUCUCAUAAAUGAAGUAGACCUAUUUUGAGGAAGGAGAGAAAACAGCUUAAAAGAACAGAUUUCCUAAGAACAUUCAUGCACUUGGCCAAUAAACACUUUGAGAUCA